UUGUUAAGUUUAAAGUGACACUUCAGAUUUUUCUCUUCUACCAUGCUUUCUCUCUCUGGGGAGGUCUUGUUUGGUUGUUGGUUCUGAUGCAUGUUUUGGGUCUCCAUGGGAUCACCUAGUCAAAGCAUGCAAUUAGAAGUCUGGAAGAUUUGAUUUCAAAACACACCACAAAUUUCAAAGGAAGUAAAUCUACAUGAAGAGCUACAAAGGGAGUUGAUUUGAGAAGAUACAGCGCUUGCAAAAAUGUCUUCAAGUUGUGCGACUUCAGUGUUUGCUUUGAUGAUUUUGUGCUUUGCAGCUGCAGGUCCUGUGCCUAGGAGCGAAUGUGUCUUGUCGCCUGUUAACAAUUCACACCCAGUCCAUGCCUUGCUGGAGAGUUUCACGGUGUUGUCUGGCUGUGCAAGCCGAGGCACAACAGCCUUGCCACAAGAGGUGCACGUCCUCAAUCUCAGAAAUCCUGAGGAGGGCCUUGGCCAUCAUGAAAGAGAGGUCAUGUUACAUUUGAAUCCAAUUUCAUCAGUGCAUAUUCACCAAAAGCCUUUGGUGUUUCUUCUCAACUCUCCUUUGCCUCUGGUCUGGAAGCUGAAAACAGAAAGGUUGGCACCUGGAAUCCGAAGAGUUUUCUUUGUGUCCUUAGGUUCCGUUGUUCAGUUUGAGAAGGGAAAUUUCUCCUUGUCAGCAGAAACAGAAGAAAAGCUUUUUCCUGAGAAAAAUGAACAGUUGCUACAGUGGGCCCAGAAGGAAUAUGGAGCAGUAACAUCUUUCACUGAGCUCAAAAUAUCAAGAAACAUCUAUAUUAAAGUAGGAGAAGAUCAAGUUUUUCCUCCCUCGUGCAACAUAGAGAAGAAUUUUCUCUCGUUAAAUUACCUUGCGGGAUACCUACAACCAAAAACGGCAGAGGGGUGCCUUAUGUCUCACUUAGUCCAAGAAAGAGAAGUUCACAUCAUUGAACUAAUCACUCCAAAUUCCAAUCCAUACAGUGCUUUCCAGGUGGAUAUAAUCGUUGACAUUAAACCAUCUCAACCAGGCACCAAACUUGUCAGAGAUGUCGUACUUAUCCUCAAGUGUAAAAAGUCUGUCAAUUGGGUUAUCAAGUCGCAUGAUGUCCAAGGAAAGCUGGAAGUGAUUACAUCAAAUAGCAUUGGUUUUGGAAAGGAAACGGAGCGAUCCAUGAGCAUGAGUAAAUCAGUAAUACCUGAUCUUCCUUCAUCACAUGAGAGUUUGAUCAAGUGGGCUUAUGAGCAUAACUACAGUCCAGUUAUUUCCUACACAAAAGCCCCUGUUGCUAACAGAUUUCAUCUGCAACUUGAAGAUACAGAAGAGAUGAAUGAUGAAGAAGAUCAUUCCCUUCCUCCAGAGCUGACAGAAUUGCUGGGUGCUAACCCACUGCCUGCCCCAAAGAAUCCUGCAUUAAGUGAUGGCCUGACCUUUCCUUUUCACAUUAACAGAGGAAGACAUGAAACAGUGGGAGAAGGAAUCUUCCCAUCCAGGGAUUCAGUGGAUACAUUAAUAAAUCAUGAUUUUGAGCAUUCCCUCUCAAAACAUAAAGAACCUGAAGAGGCUCAGGGCAGUGCUGAUAUGGCCCUGUCAAUAAAGUGUGAUGACAAAGUCAUGACAGUAGCUGUAGAAAAAGACUCUCUGCAGGCUAGUGGCUACACGAGGACAGAACUCUCGCUGUUGGAUCACUCUUGCAAAGCCAGGAUGAAUGGUACCCAUUUCAUUUUGGAGUCUUUGCUGAACAAAUGUGGGACUCGAACAGCAUAUAUCUUGAACAAGAUUGUUUAUUUUAACUCUAUCGUUAUUCAGCUGUCAUCACCAGCCGAAAACAGUGGCUUUGAUGAUGAUGACAUGGAAUCAGGUGAUAAUGGAUUUCCAGGGGAUGCUGAUGAAGGAGAUGUUGCUUUCUCAAGCUGGCCUGAAAUAGCGUUUAAUUGCACGCUGCACCAGCCAGAGAAUGACAGAGGUGUGUUUUGGCCUCCUGAACCACACAUCGCCAAUGUCACCUUCAACAUGGAGCUGUACAGAACAGAUCUGUUCCUUGCUCCCUCCCAAGGACUCUUCUCUGUUGCUGAGAAUGGACCAGUAUACGUAGAGGUGUCUGUGACUAAAGCUGACAGAUCCUUGGGCUUUGCCAUUCAAACAUGCUUCAUUUCCCCAUUCUCAAAUCCCGAUAGAAUGUCUGACUACACCAUUAUAGAAAACAUUUGUCCUAAAGAUGAAUCUGUUAAAUUCUACAGUACUGAGAAGGUGAACUUUCUGAUACCAUAUGCACAGAAGGACAAAAAGAGGUUUAGCUUUGUGUUUAAACCAAUAUUCAACAUCUCACUGCUCUUUCUUCACUGUGAGUUGACUUUGUGUACCAACAAAGAUAAAGAUACUCAAGGACUGCCAAAGUGCAUUCCUCCUGAUGAAGCUUGCACUUCUCUCAACGUGGAUAUGAUUUUGGCUAUGAUGCACAACAAGAAAACCUUCACCAAGCCCCUUGUUGUAGUAUCACAUGAAGGAAAACCAGAAGAUUCUUCCCUUCCAAAGCCAAAUGUGAGACAGCCGCCUGUGUUCUACGGGCUGGACACGCUGACUGUGGUGGGCAUUGCCUUUGCGGCAUUUGUAAUCGGCGCCCUGCUAACAGGAGCACUCUGGUUCAUCUACUCUCACACAGGAGAAACCACAGGAAGGCAGCAGGUGCCUACAUCCCCACCAGCCUCUGAGAACAGCAGUGCAGCACACAGCAUCGGCAGCACGCAGAGCACCCCCUGCUCCAGCAGCAGUGCCACCUAACGCCGCGGAGGCACGUAGGAGGGCAUAGGUUCAAAAGACUGUGUGUGGACAUCAGCUUUUUAAAUUUAAAAGGAUUGCUUUGGGGAAAGAAAAGGAAAAAAGAGGAGGGAUUUUUCUACAAAAAAAAAAGGAAAAAGACUUAUUUUCUUUUGGGGAAGCCACUGUGUGUGUGAGUGUGUGUCUAUACAUGCACACAAUGCAUGGGUAAACACAGCCUGUUGGAUCUUCUAUAGGAUGUUGUGCAACACGUGACAAAGCUACUAAUUUUGCAGUACUGCAACCUGUUCUAGGGGUCUGUGGGCCCUCAAUGUGAAAUCUGUGCCAGUUUGGGAAAAUGCUGCUUUGUCUGUAUUUUUCUUUCCCUAAGCCUUCUCAUUGACAUGAGGUAUUAAUUAUAGGAGUUCAAUCAUAGACUCAUAGAAUGGUUUGGGUUGAAAGGGACCUUAUAUAUCAUCUAGUUCCAACCCCCUGCCACGGGCAGGGAAACCUUCCACUAGGCCAGGUUGCUCCAAGCCCUGUCCAGCCUGGCCUUGAACACUGCCAGGGAUGGGGCAGCCACAGCUUCUCCGGGCACCCUGCCCCAUGGCCUCACCAUUCUCACAGUACUUAUUCCUACUAUCUUAUCUAAAUCUACCCUCUUUCAGCUUAAAGUUGUUACCCCUUGUCCUAUCACUACACAACAUAAGCAAAAGAAAGAUAAUCUUAGGUCAAAAGAUUUUUAUUUGUCUUAAGCAAGAAAGCCUCAAGGUCAGGUCUCUUUGGUUAAUAACAUUCUAUUACUUCAGCUAUGUUUAGCUACUUUUGAGUGAUCUUUGUUUUGUUCAGCUUACAGCUACAGCAUCUCAUUUGCUUUCCUGUCAUGUUUGAAGCUUCAAGUUUGUUCCAGGUAUUUUUGGUUUACUAUGUUUUGAUUUGCUAAUUGGAGAGGAGCACACUCUAACAUUCCCUUUCUUGUUCUUUGGGCCAAAGCUCUUUAAAUAACAGAGGUUUUUAAUAUCCUAUACCAAAUCAAGGCACACACAAACAUUAAGACAAAUAAUGGUCUUGUGCACUAACAUAGAUGUGUGUACCUUUAAUGGCAAUGUCUUUAUGCAAAUAGAUGUAUACCUAUGUAUACAGAGCCUAACUUACCACUUUAACAAUUGGGAAAUUAGGUUAGUGUUCCUUCCUUACAUAAAAUAUAUAAUGCAUAUAUAUAUAUAGAUAGAUAGAUAGAUAGAUAUAUUUAAAAACAGCUCUCCAGUUUAUGGUAGGUAGAUAGAGGAGAAAGAACAGGUGAUUUGGUUCUGAUCCUCUAGCUAGCCCAAAUUCCCCUUGAAAUAAGGGAUGGUUUUGAGGGCACAAAGAAUGUGCAGUACAGCCUGUCUGUGCAGAACACUGCAUAUCAAAAUGAAGCUAUUAAGAUAGUUUUGUAGUUUUGUGUCAAACUGGUGUAUGAACAUUGCGAUUGGAUAGUCCCAAAGUAGUGUUGGAAUAUGGAAAUGGCAGAAAGGUACUAAUUGUCACAGUAUUUUUUUAGUGUCAUUGCCAUAUCUUGACCUCCAAAUCAAUGCCAAAUGAAAAAAGACACUUUUAAUGUGUAAUUGUCUGACUGUUAUGUUGCCACUUUGUAAUGUGUUCUACUGAUCCUUCUCCUUCUGAAGAAAAGCAUAGUUUUCCUCUAAAAAUGAGAUCAGUAACUUUCAUUAAUUGUAGCGAAGGUUACCUGUGUUCUGCAAGAGGAGAAGGGAAUUCAUUACACUAGGGUGAUAAUCUGCUCUGAAAUCUGAGCUGCAGAUUUCUUUUGCUGAUUCUACACUUGUGCCUUGCUGAUGCUAGGAUGGUCAAAGUGCAAGAUAUGCAAUAGAUGUAAGUGCCCAGGAUCAGGUGGAAUAUUACUCAUUUUAAAUCAAAUCUGUUACUAAUCCUGCAAGCAUUUAUGCAUGUGAGUAACUACACACCUUGUCCUUGCUAGUACAAGCACAUGCCCAACUCUACAUGUUACGGCUAUUCUUGGAGUCCUUGCAGAUGGUCAGUGUAUAGAGUUGCUUAUACCAAAAGUGGUUUAUGUUACCAAGCCAAUGAGCUGUGCUGGUACCAUCAGGAGGAUGUCAUGAAAAUGUAGUUAUUCCCAUGCUUAAGGGGAUGCAAGAUUGGCUCUGUUACGAGAUGUUGGGAGGACGAGUAUGCCUCCUUUGUGGUUGAAAAGGAAGCGCUUUGCCUAACCUUCAGCAGAAUGUAUUGUAUAAGCAUAUUCUAUGUGUAAAGUCUUUAAAGAUGUCUUCAAAGAAGACUAGAGUCUUUAAAUUCAAUCAUAGCUAUAUUUUACUACAUUAAAUUUCUGUAUAAAGAUAUAUUUAAAUGUUUUAGAUAAAUGUAAGUUACUCUAUAUGAAAUGUUUAAUUUCAAUUACUGUGAAAUUUAUAUAUCUUGUAAAUUCUUUUCCCUGUUUUAAGCCUUUCCUUCCUCAGAUAUUUUAUUAAGUAGUUUCUCAUAGGAAGUAUUGGAUUUGGUUGUUGGGAUGGACAGGUUGAAAACUUUUAUGUAAAAUAGAUAAUUGUAUAUUUUUGAGAGAAACUUGCUGCAUUAUCGGUGUUUUUUAUUAAAAAAAAAACCUCUAAUUUUAAAAUAAUUUACAGAUUUAUAUUUACCUUUGGAUAAACCAAAAAUAUAGAAAGAUGAAAGAUUCAAUUUUUUGCCUUGUGUUCGAAAUACAAUUUAAAUGAACUGAACAUGGUGUACUCAGCUAUUUAAUUCAGACAUUUUAAUCAAUCUGAGCUAAUUACCUGUUGGUGGUUACCAGAACUACGUUGGCAGAUGGAGCACCCAUUUCUGCUUCAAUAAAGGCGGAGAGAGAUAACCAGACCUGGGCAUUCCCAGAUAAUAGCUUUGUAAUGAAAGUGGAUAGUACUUCCCUGCAGCUGGUAGCUGCCUUCAGUUCAGAGUACUGAUCCACCUAUAAGCUCUACUUUUAUCACAGCCAUUUGUCUCUACAGCAGGUUUCUGUGUGUGGUGAAUGUGUAACUGCAAAGCCACUGGCUCCUGCCUCUGUCAGACCUGGUCUCGCCAUGCUGGAAGGGCAGCAAGGCAUUCCUGUCCCAGCAGAGGCUUUAAAGCAGGGCUUCAGGAGGACGGGCACAGGGGUAAACUGUAGCAUGAUGGAAUCAACUGCAAAGGAACUUCUUAUGUAAGAAUGGGAGGAUUAGGCUUAAAAGGGACACCUUUUGUCUGUAAAAGCUAUUGGUAGCAUACUUAAACUCCAGGGUAGACUGCUUGUUGUGUCAUGCAUUGUCUAAUCACUAGGUCUAACUUUUUACAGCAUUUGGUUUUGGACAUUACUAUAUUCAUGUUUUGAGAAGUCACAUCUUUCUGUGUUAGGCUAUUUUUGUAGCAUUUUACACAUGGAAAUGGAUUUUGCGAAAUGUUUGUAGAUGCUGAUGAUUGUAACCUUCCCCCUGCCCUUUUGUAAUCAUUUUUUCUCCUGUAUGUACUGUUCCUUGUGUUACGUAUAUCUACCUCAUGCUUCACAAGAAGACUGUACUGUUGGUUUGCUGACAGCCCUUCGUGUGAGGUGACUGUUCUGCCCUAUUGUUGUUCGUCAUUUGUAGGGAUGUUCAUAGUGUUAUGAGAUCCUUGCUGCCAUGUUCCUACCAUUUCUUAACACAAUAUUCUCAUGUUUGAAUUAAAUAAGUACAUUUCUUUAGGAUCUACAUGCCAGAUGUUUUUUAAAUAAAAGAAUGGGAGAAAUUUACUUGCUAAUACCUGUGGCCAGUCUGAACACCCCAUUUGUAUUUCAUAUUACAUUCAGUAUUUCAGAGACUUGUGGAAAUGCGUAGUUGUACAGUUUUGAUAACCACAGUGUCAUGUCAUCUUAGUCUCUUGUGCAUAAUAAAGUAUAUAUCAAUUUAUUAAUAA